AUGCGCAAAUUGCCUCGGGGAUCAUCCCGCGAACUAUACGCAGUGCAAGGCGUAUUUAGACCGAACCAAAAGGAUGAAAGAGAGAAAAAUUCUACAAGUACCACCAAAGAAAUACAUAUAAGCGCCGCCACCUCGGUAAACGCAUGGAAAAAUCAAAGAAAAAACAAAUUUCAACCCUCAGAAGAGUUUCCACCAUUACCCAACAAUAGUAAACAGGCAUACUCGCAAAAACAAAAUCAAAACCGUAGACAACCUAAUAUGGUAAAUCAACCUACAGACGCGAUUGACGAUAUCUUCGCUCUUAAUCAAGAAUUUGUGGAGCUUAACUCAAUGAAAGCCCGUAUGGGCCAACGACGUGCAUUUACAAAGUUGUAUAAUAAUCUUCAUGAGUUAUUGUUCCAAUCUAAACCAGAUAUGAUACAAUUAGAAGUAAAUAUAAGAAAUUUUGAUCAAAGAUUUAACUCCAUUAAAGAAUUAGAUCAACAAAUGUAUGAUCAUUUACUAAACAUCAGUUCAAACGAAGAUGAUAUUGUUACAGAGCUUGAAACAUCGGAAGAAUAUCUUACUAACAACAGCCCUCGGAAAACCCCAAGUGGAAGUAAAAAUGGGGAUAAGAAAAAUUCUGCUUUAACUCUGGAUGAUCUAAUGAUAGUCCUACAAGAUAUGAGAAGAGAAAUGAGAGACUACAGAAAAGACCUCACUUAUUACUCCGAAUGUUUUGAGGAGCAAAAAGUCAGAAAUGGCUUAAUAGAUGAAGAGUUAAUUAAACUUAAACGAGAGAAUGAAACCAUAAAGAACGAAAUUAACAAGAUCAAAACCUCUCUGGAGGCUAAAAACAAUGAGAAACGAAAAAAUAACCUAAUUGUGGUGGGAAUUAAGUACAACGUGGAAGAGAAUGGUACGUCAUGGAUUGAAAAUGUCAAAAAGAAGGCCAAAAAAGCAAUUCAAUAUGUAGCUCCCAAUAUAGAUGAAGAAAAUUGUAAAAUAAAACUUACAAAUUUUAAAACUUCAAACUCUCCCAUACUAAUCGAAUUUAAUACUAUGGAAAACAAAACAACUUUCUACAAGAACGGAGAGCAAAAGGUAAAAUAA